GUANAUGAAUGAAAUACGGAAAAAAUUGCCGCAGAAGGAACGGUUUUCGACCCCCAUCUAUUUGGGAGCAACAGCGGGAAUGCGGCUUUUGCAGAUGGUGAAACCAGAGCGCAGCCAGUUGCUUAUGGAAGCCACCAGGAUUUCCCUUAGCUCCUCGGGAUUGUCUUUGCAAAGAUGCGAGAUUAUCACGGGGCAUGAAGAAGGCAUUGACGGAUGGAUCACUGUGAACUUCCUACAAGAAAUCCUCUAUGACGACGACGUGGAUAUCCCCGGAAAGUUCCCACCGAAGCGGAAAACAUACGGUGCUAUGGAUAUGGGUGGUGCCUCUACGCAAAUCACGUUUGAAGUGACGGAGGGAACACCGAUUGCAGAUCCGAAAGACGAAGCAAAUUUGCGGCUUUUCGGACACUCUUAUCGCAUAUUUUCUCGAAGUUUCACUUGUUUCGGAAUAAAUGAAUCGCAUCGGCGAUACUUGGCCUUACUUUAUGCCAAAUCGACGCCGGGAGUUGCUAUUUCCGAUCCUUGCGGGAAUGCUGGAAGGGUUAGCAAUGUCUCCGUGUCUUGGCUGUUUGACUCGCCGUGUACGCAAGGACUUCAGUCGACCACUUUGGCAGAGACUUCUGAAACUGUGCCGAUUGUUGGAGCGUGGAACGAAACCGAAUGCAGUGCAACCAUUGACGAACUUCUGAGUGCGGAAGAAUGCAACAAAUACUCAAAUUUUUGCUUCAACUCUUCGACUGUACCGCCUCGUAUUGAAGGAACCUCGUUCAUUGCCUUUUCAAUCUUCUACUAUGCCGCUUCCGAGUUGGGGCUCCCAUCAUCCGUGUCGGAAGAGACUUUCUAUGAGGCUGCCCUGGAGCUUUGCAGUCGAACUUAUCAGACGAUGUCGGACUUGUACGCAGGCAAAGCCGGGGAGAAGAUUGAACACGUGUUCUGCUUUGAGGCUUUUCUGAUUUACAAGAUUUUGCGGGACAAUUACGGAAUGGGUGGGGAGGAAUUUAAGUUGAUCGAAUUCCGACGGAAGCUGCCCACUCCGAACGGAACUGAUGUUGGCUGGGCCCUUGGCUUCAUGAUCAACGCUACAAACGCAUUACCCGAGGACAAACCAGGCCCACCGAUGUCUUCCACGCUUUUCAGCUUCCUCGUUUUCGUAUUCGUCGGGUUGUCCACGUGUGGCUCCUUCAUGGCAUACCAUUCCUGGAUCCUGUGUCGUCGACGACGAGUUUACGCAGAAUACCAAAGGUUGAAUGAACCCGGCGUGCGGAAUGCCUGAUGAUG